UUAAGGAAAAAAGUUAAACUUCUUUAAUACUCGUCACUUGGUUUUGCAAGAGCAGAGUGCAAAGCAGAGGCAGCAGAAGAGAAGCAUCACAUUCACAAUGGUUCCUUCCAUGACCAUUACCGUAUUUUCAUUAGCUCUCUUUCUUGUUCAAACUUCGCUUCCAGUUUCAGCUGAAUCAAUCGAUCAAUUCAACUCUCAGAUCAACCAAAUCAACCUCAAAAUCGCUCACUUAGAAUCGGUUCUUGAACAAACAAAUAAAAAGCUAACAGAAAGGGAUUUGUAUCUUCAGGAGUUUGAAAACCGAAUCAAUCACAUAUCUGACAAAAUUCAUCAUCUGCACUCUACUCUUUCUUCGAUCAAGGAUGAUUCAUUGCAUGCCGAGACACGCAUUAAAGCUCUGGAUGAAGAGGUACAACUUCUUUGGGAUGCCUUGAGAAAGAACAACUUUGAUCUCCAUAUCUUAAAAUCUAAAGCGGAAGAUAAUGAAAAGAGUCUGGAAGAGGUUACUUCAAGAGUUGAAAAGAUGAGUGGCAUUGUGACUGAACAGUGGAUUCAAGUUCAGCAUCUUGAGCAGGCUCUUCACAUUGCCAAAAUGAGGGCUCUAAAGGCUCAAUGGCAAGUGAGCUUAAGAAGAUGCACAUUCUUGAAGUUUAUCAACAACAUCUAUCAUGAUCUUCGGGCAGUGGAAUCGUUUGUAUUUGGUGAAAGGCCUAUAGUAGGGUCAUUCAUCUCAAAGGCUUUGGACUACUUCAAGAGAUGCUGUUCAAUGACCAAAAAGUAUCACCAUCAGCUUCAAGGUUCGGUAAAAGAUCUGAUGAAGAGAAAUGAAUUGACUGCAUCUCUUGCAAAUGAUGAAUUAGUUUUCUUCCUGGUAUCUGCUUUAAUUACCUUUCCAUUAAUGAGUGCCUGGAUGUUGCUUUCAUCAUAAACCAUAAUUGCUGGGCAGACAAGAUUUUUUUUCCGAACAGGAAAUUGUCUUCAUACUGCUAUAUAGUGUCUGACAUCUGCAACUCUCUUCCGACGUUCAUGCUUGAAGAACAUGUGAUAGUUUUCUCACUUCUCAAUGAUGGUGGAGAAAUGUAGUUUCCAUCUUGUAUGGUAGCAGUAACUUGAGAAUAGUUCUUAGUGUUAUCAUUUUGAAGAAUGUUAAUAUCAAUCAUAUUGUCAUGGAUUCAAACUUACGUCUGUGUAUAUCUCAACUUGAAAGAUCCUAAAUAACAUGCUACCAGGCCUUAGCACCAA